AUGUCAAUUCUCAGUUCACUGACGGCCCCACUUCUGCUUCGCAGAAGGCGUAGAGUUGAUGCCGCCACGUUGGAUGAAAAGAAUGAGAACGAAAAGAAAAGAGAACCCGUCGUACGUUGUUCCUCACCCACUGAAUUUAUGCGUAAAGUACAGGCAGCAGGAGUACCCACCCCACCAAAGAAGAAUACUAAUAAUACUAAUAGGAACAACAAGAAGAAGAGCAAGAAUAAUGAUAAAAGUUCCGAAUGUGAGGACGGCGAGUCGCCAAUUAUUACCCAAAUCAAAAGCAAUCCCCACCGUAUUCUCCGCUUCACAGAAAAAUGGACCUUUGCCUCAUCGCCUUUCCCUGAUGAUAAUGAUAAUAAUAAUGAUGAUAAUAAGGGUUGGUCUGCUAUGACAACCAAUCGUCUGGAUCACGUACUGCAAACAUGGAGUAGGCUCACAACGCAUUUAGUAUCUCCACACUUACAUGGAAGUGCUGCUGUCUCUUUUUUCCCAACAAAACUUCCAAAAUGUAUUGCCUCAUCCGCAAGUAAAUGUAGUGACAGUAUUUUCUAUGAAGUUCGGGCACAUAUUCCUAUUCGUCUUCUUCACCAACCACUACCAGAUCCAGAUACCGCAGAUAUAUCAGGUGUUGUUCCCGAUACCCUUGCAGAGUUUGUGAGUUCAAACCGUAUGUACGCACGCCGACUACGUGCACUCAUGCAUGAUGCAGUUCUUAGUUUCAUGUCUAGCGCAUCUCAUGCAGCUCCACCAACUAAAUUAUGGCGAUGUAAUGGAACGAUGUUGCGAGAAACAUCUUGUGUCUCCAUUGGCGGCACAUCACCCAUAGAAGAAGAAGAAGAGGAGGAGGAAGAAGAAGAUAUGGAAGAGAGGAAUGGUAGAGAAGAUGAUGAUGAUGAAGAAGUGGAGGAGACUAUAUCAAAUGUUUGCUGCCACUGUAGUAAACUGAAUAUAAAGGCGAUGCAUCAACUUCUCUCACCAUCUCUUUACGCAUUAGCCCCACCAAAUCCGAUUGUCUUAACGGUGAGAGUAGUGGACCACAGCAGUUGUGGCUGUAGUGAUGAUAUAGCACCAUUACUAGGUGUGGGAACUAAAAAUACUACCAACACUACUACUAACACUGCUAACACUAUUAAAACCACAAAAACAACAAAAAAGAAAGAAGCCGGAGAAAAUAUAGAAAUGGAGGCACAAGAUGUUACAUUGCUGGUCCAUGUUGUGGCGCGUGUUUCGCGUGUCCACGGGGAUGAAUCCCAAUCCCCAUCUCCAUCUCCAUCUCAACAUCAACAGUGGGAUGCGGCCGCUGUUGCCUUCGAGGUCCUCACCGGACUGUUCCCCGAGCGGUUUAUUCUCCACGGGGCGAAUGCCGUGGCGGUGGGCGAAGUUCUCCCCGACGGCCGCCUCGCCGCGUUGAGUUCAUUCACGACGGCGGAGUUGACGGCGGCGCGCUGCCGAAUGCGGGAUGCCCGCGUGUGGUUGCCGCCGCAGACGCCGCCGCUGCCGAUUUCUCUCUCCCCGUCGCCGUCGCUGCUGCCGUCGCCCGCCUCCCUGCCGCCCUCCUUCGCCAGCCACACCGGCACAACGGCGCCCAUAGCCACAGGCACCAUCACACCGAGCAGAGGAGGAAACACAACAGCAACCACCACAACCACAACGGGGAUGCGGGUACAACACGAUCCAUACAGUUUUGUCGCGUGGACGCCAACAGACGAUGACCCCGAACAACAGACGUUAGAUGAACAGGAAGAACAAGGAGAAGAACAAGGAGAAGAACAACUGCCAGGGAGUACAGAAGAGGCAACAAGUCUAACAGACGACAGGGCGAGCAGCCAUGAGGAAGCGGAUAUGUUCACACGGCAUGCGGAGAAUAAGAAGAAGGGAGAUGUAGAUGUCUCACAUGAUACCGCACAGGGAACAAGUACACAGGCAACCACAACCCCCACAGUGAGGGAUGAUACAGAGGAAGUGGAAGAGGCAUUAAAUCAAGUACGCAAGGAACACGAAGAAGAAGAAGAGGAAGAAGAGGAAUUGGAUAUUCAGAACACCAAGAAGAAGAUUCUAUCGAUUUGUGAAGAGAUUGCAACAGCACGAAUACAAUGGAUAGAGGAACAACAGAAACUGGAAGAUCAAUUGAGUGCCCUAUUACUGCAGAGUAUGGGGAUGGAGGAGUCCUCACUGAUAACAGCAACAUCAACAUCCACAACGACUGCCUUGCGGCGUAAAAAGAAUAAAUCGGGAAAACACAACACUAAUAUUACUACUGGUAGUGAUACGGAGGCUGUAGAACGGAUCUGCGGACUUCUCGGUAUCUCUUCUAUACUUGAAUAUGGUAGUGGUAAUGGAAAUAACAAUAAUGGCAGUGGUGCUAAUAAUAAUAAUAGUAAUAGUAGUGGUGAUGUAUUAUUGCAACAGGCACUCAUAACACAUGUGAUCAAGAACUCUUCACGGAAUAACACUUAUAAUGAUAUGGACGAGUGUGUUAAGGAUGCGUCGGAGAUUAUUCAAAAACUUGAGAGCCGACUACGGGCGAAGGCAUUACGGGUACAGUAUAUUCAAAACAUGAGUAGAAGGCCAUUAAAUGGAGGGGUUGCUGCAAAGAGCAGCCGAAAGAAAAAGAAUGACAUCCCACUCUUCGCAGCUGUCGCAAAGGGAAUUCUGCAGGAUCGCCAACGGCAUACUGGUGCCUUAUCAAGAAAGAAAGAAGAUGAUAUUGGAAACAGUAACCAUCACAACAUUAUUAUUAAUAAUACUAAUAAUAAUAAUACUAUUAAUAGCCACCUUAACAACAGUGGAGAGAGUAUUGUAUUACAGUGUACAAAAUCUGGAUGUAUGGAGGCGCAUCGAAGUAUAGAUGCGGCGUGUGAAAAGUUACGAGCCGCCGCCGUGUGGAGUCAAGAAUGUGCAGAACAACUGCAGUGCGUGCGACUCAUAUGUGAAGAGGUGUUAUUACCAUAUCUGCAGAACCGCAUAUCUCUGGAGAAGACAGAGGAGAAGGAACGGGCACAACUCCAAGUGGAGUACACCGUCUCUAGUGCUAUACUGUGGGAGGCACAAAGCACAAGAAGGAGUAAAGUAGAGGAGAAGGAAGUGAUGAUGGGAAUAGCAAAGAAGAAACGUACGGCCGGGCGUCCAACAAAUAGAAAUAUUACUACUACUAAUACUACUACUAUUAAUAAGAAGAAUAAGAAUAAUAAAAAUAAUGAUAUUAGUAGUAUUAAUAGUAGUAUUAGUAGUAGAAGUAGUAGUAUUAGUAAUAAUGAUAAUGAUAAUGAGGAGGAAGAAGAAGAAUAUGAAGAAAAUGGAACUAGCGAUACUCUACGAGAGAGAAGCGGCGAUACGGUAGAGAGCCGAACUCAACCAAAUCGUCCACAUCGCACAGAAACCAAUAAUACUAAUAAUAACACUACCAAUACUGCUAAUACUAAUAAUAAUACUAAUACUACCGUAAGUGUACAGAAGCGAAAAGGGAAGACUGGUGGUUCAAUGGGUACACCGCAGUCCACAGCCCUUGCAGACUCCCCAAUAGAAACAACAACAAAAGGUCGAGUGAGUGGAGGUGGUGGUGUGUUGGGUGGAGGAAAGAAGAAGACUGGAGUGAAUGUAGAGCCCAGACGUGCAUUGCUGCGGGAACGAGAUGCAUUGCAACGUAAAACUUUUCUUCUUUUUGUGGUAUUCUGUUUAAUUGCGGCAUUGUUGUUUUUCUUCCUAUAG